AUGUCCUCGCCUCCACAACUUUGUCCCCGGACUUCCCACCUUUCACCUUACCCUCACGCCAAUUCCUUCCUACGUUUCUCCGACCCGCGCACCUCGUCAACUCAAUCCCUCGUCCCCUCCGAAGCACCAGUCAGCAAGCGAAAGCUUCUCCUUGUCUACAUUCAUGGCUUCUACGGAAACGACCAGUCGUUUCAAUCCUUCCCUGCGCAUCUUCACGCCCUGCUCAAGGAGUUGCUGGUCGACACUCAUGUCAUCCACUCCAAGAUAUACCCGCGCUAUAAGACGUACAAGGCCAUAGAGGUGGCCAGGGAUAACUUUAGUGCGUGGUUGGAGCCGCAUGAGCACGACGGGACAGAUGUGGUUCUUGUUGGGCAUUCGAUGGGGGGUCUCUUGGCGGGCGAGGUUGUUUUGAUGCCAAAUGCAAAUCCGCAUAAAAAGCAGCCUUUCAAACAUAGGAUCCUGGGCACAGUCGCCAUGGAUUCGCCAUUUCUGGGACUACACCCUGGCAUUGUAGUUUCAGGUAUCGCGAGUCUAUUUCAACAUUCACCGAAUCAAGGGGACCUACAGCAGCAGCGUUUACCAGGACAGGAAGAUCCGAGCACGCCCUGUAGCUCCAAGCCAUCUUCCUCAACUGAGAGACUGCCAUUCAUCGGCUCAGAUGUUGUCCCGACAGACACAGGCCCAUCACCACGCCCACAGCGACAAUCGGCCGAUCCCUAUUUUGAUCCACCUUAUUACAACGAUGCCCCAUUCCGGGAGAAGCCCUUUGUAAAGCGUCUCAUCAACUUUACAACCAAACAUAAGCGUGAGGGACUGCUAAACGCGGUUAGAAGACACAUCACUUCGCACUUGGAGUUUGGUGCAUGUCUGGCGGAUUAUCCUGGCUUACAUGAGCGAUAUAACCGGCUGCGGGCGCUAGAGGAUGUAGAUGAGAUCAAGAAAAUGACCGAGGGUCACCCGACUGGUGCGCAUGCCAGAGUUCGACUUGUAAACUACUAUACUUUAUGUCCUGGCCGACCCAAAACAGUCAAAGUCGACGAUGAGGCGAGCCAAGACAUGCAAGCAGCACCGCUGCACCUCGCGGAGCUAGAUGUCCAGGAUCUGCCAGUCUCACAGAGCCCGCAUCCAGAAAUGCCCAGGACGCCAGGGAAGGAGGUUAAAACAACUACCAAGUCUGUCGCGAAUCCGGAUUCUCAAAUAGCAGACGCUGCAGAAAAUAACGCCAUGCAGGAUUCGCAAAACCGCGGGGAAGAGCAACACGAGAUUUUACUAGACAAUACUCUCAAGCUAACUCUUGAAAAUUCUUACCCUAUUUCGAUGCAGAACUUGGACCCCAGCCCCCUCGCCGAAACCGAAUCCCAGAGCCAAACCACAAUCGUAACCGAUGAUCUCGAUCUUCCCCUCAUUCCCGACCUUCCAUGCAAACCUAUUUUGCCAGAUAUAGACGCCAUCUCGGACAAAGAGGCCAAAAAGCAAGCCCAAAGAGAGUCGAAGCGCCUCGAAAAAGCGUACACGCAGGCUAUCAAACACCGUGUCAGGGCUGCGCAAGAGCGCGACAAGAUGCGCGAGAAGAGGCGCAAGAAGGCUGCGAAAGAGGCAGAGAAACAGACCCGGGAUGCCGAGAAGACGAGAGCGAAACAAGAGAGACAGGAACAGAAAAAACGUGCCUGCGAGCAAAGGCAAGCUGGUGAGCCCGUUUCUGUGGAGGGACACGGAGAACGGGGCGGCAACGAAGAUGCAGUGAGACCAAAGAAAUUGAAGAAGUUUUGUGCCUUGCCGUCUUUACGGGGCAAGGCGAGAGAUGCGGCCUGGAUAGAUGUAUACAUGGACGGACUGGACGAGGUAGGCGCGCACUGCGGACUGUUUUUGCCUGGUCCGCAUUAUGACGGGUUGGUCGGGGAUGUGGGGAGUAGGAUCGCGGCGUGGGUUGGAGAUGAGCUGACCAAGAGAGCUAUACUAGAGGCUGGGUAA